AUGGGUGGAAUAGCUGUUGAGACACAGUUCUCUAUGAUGUACUGUGGCCUUGCGAUUGUUGUCACUGUCAUCAUUAUUGGUCCAGGUCUUCAGGAAGUGGUGGAGUCUUGUCGUGGGCAGAAUCUCUUCUUCUCUACUGAUAUUGACAGUGCGAUUAAAGAAGCAGAUCUGAUCUUUAUAUCGGUGAACACUCCCACAAAGACCUUUGGGAUUGGAAAGGGUCGCGCCGCGGACCUGAAGUACAUUGAGGCCUGUGCCCGGCGGAUAGCAGAGGUGGGCAAUGGGGGCAAAAUAGUGGUGGAGAAAAGCACGGUGCCAGUGAGAGCAGCAGAGAGCAUCCGGAGGAUAUUCAAUGCCAACACCAAGCCCAACCUAAAUCUUCAGGUGCUGUCUAAUCCGGAGUUCCUGGCUGAAGGAACAGCGAUUGCCGAUCUCAAAAAUCCAGACAGAGUUUUGAUUGGUGGAGAUGAGACUCCUGAAGGGCAAAAGGCCAUUCGGGCCCUCAAAAGUAUCUAUGAACAUUGGGUCCCAGAGAACAAGAUUAUUACAACAAACACCUGGUCAUCGGAACUCUCUAAACUGGCUGCCAAUGCCUUCCUUGCUCAGCGGAUCAGCAGUAUUAACUCUAUCAGUGCCUUGUGCGAGGCAACAGGGGCUGAUGUGGAGGAAGUAGCCCAUGCCAUUGGCACUGACCAGAGAAUCGGGAGCAAGUUCCUGAAAGCCAGUGUUGGCUUUGGGGGCAGUUGCUUUCAGAAAGAUGUUCUCAAUCUGGUUUAUCUUUGUGAAGCCCUCAAUCUGCCAGAAGUGGCCAGAUAUUGGCAACAGGUGAUUGAGAUUAACGAUUACCAACGGAGAAGAUUUGCAGCACGAGUAAUUGGUUGCCUUUUCAACACCGUCACCGAUAAAAAGAUUGGAUUGUUGGGUUUUGCCUUUAAGAAGGACACAGGAGACACAAGGGAGUCAUCCAGUAUCUACAUAUCUAAAUAUCUCCUGGAUGAGGGAGCCAGGCUGCACAUAUUUGAUCCAAAAGUGAAGAAGGAGCAAAUUAUUCAAGACCUGUCUCACCACAGUGUUUGUGAUGAUGAUCCUGACAGGGUGUCACGUUUGGUCACCGUCUCUUUAGACCCUUAUGAGGCUUGUAAGAAUGCCCACGCUAUUGUGAUCUGCACAGAAUGGGAUAUGUUUAAGGAGCUGGACUAUGAGAGGAUCUACAAAGCAAUGCUGAAACCUGCAUUUAUCUUUGAUGGCAGACGCAUUCUAGACAGUCUCCAUGAAAAGCUUCAGCACCUUGGUUUCCAGGUUGAAACUAUUGGAAAGAAGGUGACUGAGAGGAUACCAUUCACAGCCAACAAAGAUAUUUCCAGGAUCGACUUGCAAGCUCCCCCCACCAAGAAGCUAAAAAUUUAAUGGUUACCUGCUCCUUGUGACUUUCCGUUAUGCAUUUUGUACACUUGGUAUUAGUUGUUUUUAUAAAUGAGGAAAAAUUUUCAAUAUAUAUCCA